CAGAGAAGUCUCCUGUACAGUUAGAGACAACAGGCUUCUGGGCACAUAGCCAAGGUUCUGGGGAUAUUUAUAACUUGAAGAGGGUGGGAGUCCCUAAUAAGCUGCUAUAUUCUUUUUCCAUCACUUCCCUCUCCAAGGCUACAGCGAGCUCAGAGCUCUUCCCCACGCAGAAUGCCUGCCAUUCCUAGUGCUGGGCUUCCAUUGUCUAAUUUUCUCAUCCUGGCUGGGGAAAGGGAAGGCUGUGAGUCCUUCCGUUCGGAAGAAAUCCAGCUGAAUGCAGCUUAGCUGCUGGUGGUAUUUCUUGGCUAGCCACUGUGGUCUCAGAGGGAUCUGCCUAUGAGCCUGUGGUUUCGGAGCUGCCUGAGACUCUUUGGGAUCCGCCUACAAUCUCUGGGCUUUGCCUGCAAGUCUACGGAUUCGAGAUCUACCUGCGGAUCUGAAAUAUCCGGGAUCUGCCGGUAGCUAUCUCUAGAAUCUUUCCUAAAGCCUGAAGUCUCAGAAGAACUCCGCCUGCGGAUUCGGAAUCUGUUUGGGGGCCUCCCGGAUCUUGGAGCAGGGAUCUCGUGGGUCUUUUACAGGCCAGGAGUGCUGUCUGCUAGCCGCUUUUCCUGCUCUCUCUCCUGGGAGGCGAAUCCUUGAGCCCGAGAUGGCAGCCACCCUGCUUAUGGCUGGGUCCCAGGCACCCGUGACAUUUGAAGAUAUGGCCAUGUACCUCACCCGGGAAGAAUGGAGACCCCUGGACCCUACACAAAGAGAGCUUUACAGGGAUGUUAUGCAGGAGAAUUAUGGAAAUGUUGUCUCAUUAGAUUUUGAGAUCAGGAGUGAGAACGAGGUGAAUCCAAAGCAAGAGAUUAGUGACGAUGUAGAAUUUGGGACUGCAUCUGAAAGACCUGCUGGGAAUGCUGAAGAAAAUCCUGAAAGUGAAGAGGCCUUUGAGAGCAGGGAUAGAGCCGAAGGACAGUGGGGAGAUUUGACAGCAGAAGAGUGGGUCAGCUAUCCUCUCCAGCAAGUCACGGAUCUGCUUGUCCACAAAGAGGCUCACACAGGUAUCCGAUACCACAUAUGUUCUCACUGCGGAAAGGCCUUUAGUCAGAUCUCAGACCUUAAUCGACAUCAGAAAACCCACACUGGAGAUAGACCCUAUAAGUGUUAUGAAUGCGGAAAGGGCUUCAGCCGGAGCUCGCACCUUAUUCAGCAUCAAAGAACACACACUGGGGAGAGACCCUACGACUGUAACGAGUGUGGGAAAAGUUUUGGAAGAAGCUCUCAUCUCAUCCAGCAUCAGACAAUCCACACUGGAGAAAAGCCCCACAAAUGUAACGAGUGCGGGAAAAGUUUCUGCCGGCUGUCGCACCUAAUCCAACACCAAAGGACCCACAGUGGGGAGAAGCCCUAUGAGUGCGAGGAGUGUGGGAAAAGCUUCAGCCGGAGCUCGCACCUAGCUCAGCACCAGAGGACGCACACAGGCGAGAAGCCUUACGAGUGCAAUGAAUGUGGACGAGGCUUCAGUGAGAGGUCUGAUCUCAUCAAGCACUAUCGGGUCCACACGGGAGAGAGGCCCUACAAGUGCGAGGAGUGUGGGAAGAACUUCAGUCAGAACUCUGACCUUGUGCGCCAUCGUAGAGCCCACACGGGAGAAAAGCCGUACCACUGUAACGAAUGUGGGGAGAACUUCAGCCGCAUCUCACACCUGGUUCAGCACCAGAGAACCCACACCGGGGAAAAGCCGUAUGAGUGUAACGCGUGUGGGAAAAGCUUCAGCCGGAGCUCUCACCUCAUCACACACCAGAAAAUUCACACUGGAGAGAAGCCCUAUGAGUGCAACGAGUGUUGGCGAAGCUUUGGUGAAAGGUCAGAUCUCAUUAAGCACCAGAGAACCCACACAGGAGAGAAGCCUUAUGAGUGUGUGCAGUGUGGAAAAGGUUUCACCCAGAGCUCCAACCUCAUCACACAUCAAAGAGUUCAUACGGGGGAGAAGCCUUAUGAAUGUACUGAAUGCGAGAAGAGUUUCAGCCGGAGCUCAGCUCUUAUUAAACAUAAAAGAGUUCACACUGACUGAGUCUCGUAAUUGUGACUGAUAAAUGAUUCACUUGAAGGUACAAUUUUAUGUGCUAUUAGAGAGCUCUCUCAAGACUGAGCUGCUUAUACCAUACUGAAUUUCCUUGUCGUAGGCCACAGUUUGAAACAUCGGUGAAGACAAGCCAUUUGAAGUUCUGACCCAUGGCUUUGGGAAUAUUCUUCCCUCUUAAACAUAGUGAUUUUUAUUCAAGCAGUAUUAAUGAAGUGCUUCAUUGAACUCAGCCCCACAAGUAACUGGAACUCUGAAGUCUAGAGGAUAAAUGCUGAUAAAUACUCAGGCGUGGAAAUAGAGUAAAUUUUUAAAAGUUCUUCUUCUAGCCCUGACUCAAAAAACUGUGCUAAGGGCAAUCAAUGUUGAACUGUAAUAGGGUGGCCACAGCUCUUUUGGAAAAGGAUGAGAGACUUUGCCUGAAUUGCCACACUUAUUCACUUACCAUAGUUGGGCACAUACAUCUUCCCUUUCAAAGGGCUUUUUCCUUGAAUUGCUCAUGCACUUGUAGCUUUCCAACUUCCUGAGAGCUGGAUUCUGCACUUUGAAGGCAAUGAUCAUAUCUUUUCUUCUCAUUGUUUCUAAUUAGCUUUUUUAAAGCUUGCAUUUUUGUGAAAGCUAACUGAGGAUAUGGAUUGCAAGGAAAAAUGAAACAGGUUCGGGGACCAAGGACUCAUCAGUGAUGGUGAUUUUAGCAACUGACGCCCACUGUUGUUAUUGCCACUAAUCAGAAUUUGUUAAUUUCCUUUGGGGAUCAUUGUAGGGAACACUGCAAUGAAAAUAGCUUCAAGGAAAGAUGGGACCAUAAGCGAUGGUGGAGCCUAAGGAGCAAGUGGAAUUGAUGACUUCAGGGAAGGAAGCAGAGUCCCUUCCCAAGGAACACAGGUCAUUUCUGUGUUCUUUCCCCUUUGCCCUUUAAGAUCACUUCUUCCUAUACUGCUAACUCUAGGAUCUGACAAGGGCCACAUCCCAGUGUUUCUCUUAGCUUGCGUAAGGGCAUGUGUGUGUACAGUAAAAUGUGUCUUCCUGUGGUUUUUCCCAUAGCAGAAACAGAAUUCACACAGACGUAGCAUGUGACUGGGUGAUGUUGAUUGUGUAGCAGAGCUACAGACAUAAUCCAGUGGGAGAAAUGUCCUUUUCACUGUAUGAAGAAAAAAUUUGAGCACGAGUGCUCUAGUGUGCACUCUUUCGUAAGGUCUGCCCUUGGACAGAACUAAGCACUUGUUCAUGUGUGUCAGCCCACUGUGGGAUAUGAGGACGGGACAGAUGGGUUGAUUGUCCUGUUCUGAGACUGAAUAUCUUCUCUUUGGGCUAGUCACAAGGAAUUAAUAAACGUAUAGGAAUGUACUUUCAUCCUCUCAGCCUACAGAUACAAAGUGAUUACCAGUUGACUUAAUCUAAGCCCAGUAGUGUCAGUUCUCCCACCUCAGCCCAACUGAGAAUUAAGGAAUGUCCCCAAUGUUUGUGCUUAUCCAAGUAUUUGAGGGUGUGAGUGGAAGGGAAUUAAUGCCCAGGAGAUGGGAUUCAAGGAAGGAAAGUUUUUAUUUUUGAGUGUGCCUCAAGGUAUUUCUACUGUGCUUUGUUGUGAGAGUUUUAACAUUUGAAACCUACUUUUGCCAUAGCUCUUGGGCAGCUGGUGUUAAAAGAGCCAGUGGUCUCUCUAAAGUAGUGUGCUGUACUGAGUUACGACCCACAGCUGUGUGGGACUAACACGACCUCCAAAGUAGCAAAAAAUCCCAUUCCACCAACGAGCUUUUUUUCUGUUGUGACUCCUAUUUAAAUACAAACCCCGGGCAGGGAGCCUGUUUUUUGUUCUAUAUGACCUCUUGCCAACCAAUACCCUCUUGCUAGGGUAUUCAUGUUUUAAUUGUUGAAUGACUUACAUGUUCUUGAUGACUAAACUAAAAUAUGCCUUGUACCAUAUCAGUGUUGCCGAUGGUUUUAAUGAAUAUCAAAGUUCUGUUUCGGUGAGCUCCUAGGGCUUUAGAGUGGCCAUAGAAGACAGCAUCUUCAUGACAUAACUCUAUUUCACUUUCUUUUCCUUCCCGACUCUCCCGUCCCGCCCCUAACCUGUGCCUGCUGCUGCUUUGGCAUCUUAAGUACCCCAGCCACCUCUCCAUACAUGUCCACUCCAGCUGGGAAGUUAAAAGGGCAAGGGCCAGACCAGCUCUGUCUCCUCUCUGUCUGCCAGUUGCUGCCCAUUUGUUGAACUUUGUGUAGAAGUUAUGCAUUGGACUCUCUUUGCUAAUGCUUUUUGCAUGCCUUCUGCUCCCAAGACUCUGGCUGCUUCUGCACACACGCCCUGAACACUUUGUGCCUGUUUUCUAUGGUUGUGGAGAGUGGAUGAGUAAGUGUGUAGAGCAGUUUUCCUUGUGGUAUAUUGGUCACAGUUAUUCUAGUGUCUCUCUAUAUCUGUAUUAUUCUAACAAUAUUCUAUAAUUAAAAGUAUAAUUUUUAAAAUCAAAAAGCUGAGAAUCAUUUUAGUAAUCCAGCACCAAUUCAUAAAAUGGGUUUUCAUCAGAUACAUUGAAUUUGGGUGCAGUUAUCUUUACAUUCAUGCAUUUGUACUGAUGUUCUUCUGGAAAUUUGGGAGUACAUUGGUGAGCCCUUGGAUAUUGUCAUAUUUUGGGAAGAUGCAAAAACCUGAACAAUUUCUUAUGAAGAUUAGGAUGGUGGCAAGCAACAUGGGAGUAUUUGGUAGGCGUGACUCAUUAGCGGGGGAAGGACAUCCAAAAGGAAAGAUGUAAGGAAGCCUUUUUGCUUUAAGGAGAUAUUUAGUCUUAAGAAUACUAAAACAAUGUCUACUGAUCCAGUGUUGGGAUUCCAGAACAGAUAACUCUUAGAAACAGUCAAAGGCUCCCUAUUUAUGACAUAAUUGCACCGUCUUGCGGGUGGUGCCAGUGAUUGUGAUUAUGGCAAUGAUUAUGUGUUACCAGGCUGUGUCCACAAUUUUUGAGUUACUUACAAGUAAUUUUCUCUAAUGAAAUCUUUUUUAAGAAAAUGAAGGGCCAGUCUAGGUAGAGGUAAGGAGUAGAAGUGCUUUAAAUUGGGCAAAAAUACAAACAUGGAAGAAAAACUUGAGUUAAUCUAUAGCCAAAAGUUGGAAAAGAAAUUUCAUCAAAGCAUUUUUUAAAAACUCUUUUGCGGUUUACAUGAUCAGCAUUUUUAAUUUCUGGAAAGGAAAUUAAAAGAAAAUGCCAGUUCACCUGCAGAAAUUCACCUGGAGUCUUCCCUGUACGGCUAUUUGAUAUAUUAAUGCUUCACCAUUAUUAUAAAAAGAAGAUUCCCUUUGUUCUCUAGGGGUUGGUUAGGCCUCUGCUUCCAGGACAUUAGUUCCCCAUCGAGUGCCCUGAAGUGAUCAUUUGUUCAAUGGUUCUUUAGUGUUUCAAAAGUUAGUGUUCAAAAAGGAAUUCGUGUGCCCUGGGAGAAAAGGACUCGGAAGCAUUGGUUAGAUACACAUCUCUGCGGUGGUGUAGCUGAUCUGGGCCUUGCUUCUCUACAGGAAACUUACAGGGCCAUUAGUAAACAAAACCAACCAACCAACCUGAGGAGUAAAAUUAAUAGAAAAACUACUCUGUAGUGACCUAAAAUUGUUUCGUGGUUAAAGCUACUAUAGUAUGUUUUCCUAAGUGCUUCAUGUGCAAAGUUUGUAUCGUUUUCAGCUUCUCCAAAGGUGGUUUAGUUUUUUACUGAUACUACUCGGAGAGAUUGAAGCUGAUGACAUCAAAUUCUCAUUUGGAAUUUCAUAGCAGCCCCUGUAGAUGGCUACCUCAUAUGUAUCUCCACUUGGAAAUUACCCGAGCGUUCCUUAAAACCAAACCGCACACUGAACUCACCACUUUCUUCUACCACCCCCACCUGCCUCUAUUUCCUGACUCACUCGUUGCCUAGUUAUCCAGGCUAGAAACUUGCACGUCAUACUUGACAAUUCCUGCUCUUUUAGCCACCCUCCUGGUCAGUAGUAUUAGUUGAAUAAACUAGUCAUCCAGAAGGGACCAUACCACCUCUUAAAUAUUUUUCCAGCGCACCUACCUUGCUCCACUGCCACCACUUACCGUGUGACUUUGGUCAAGUUCCUUAGCUCUUCCGUUCCUUGGGUUUCCCAUCAUUAAAUGGGAGGGAUUCUAUCUGCCUCAUAGAGUUGCAAAGAUUAAAUGAGAUAACGAAGCUCAAAAUAUUAGCUGCAAUUAUUCAGAUCACUCACGGCCAUGUCUUCCUAAUGGAAACAACCUCCUAAUGAGUCUCUCCUUUUCUAUUUUCAAACCCCUUCAGUCUAUUCUCCCUUGCUGCAACUAGAAUGAGCUUCCUGAAGGGCAAACCCCUUCUUGCCACUCUUCCAUGUACAACCUCUCCCAGAUUCCCGUCACCAGCAGCAGACAGUACACUGCUGUGGUGUGAUUUAUGGGGAGCCAUGAUCCGGCCCCUGCUGGCCCCUCAGCUUCCAUUCUCUGCACUUCUGCACUUGGCAACGCACUCCAAGUUGCAUCUCUUCCUCUCUGCUCUUCUGGCCAACUCCUCCUCCUCCAGCUCUCACGCCAAGCUGGUAGGAAACCUUUCCUGAUCGCACCAGACCGGAUCCAUCAGGUGUUCCUUUCAGUGUCCCCUGGAUUUGUCCCGAUCAAAGCACUUUCUUCCUGUUUUGUUGCCUGUUUACUUUCUCAUCCCCUCCUUAGACUUGGCCGCCCUUGAAGAAGUCACUGCAUCUUCCUCACCAUUGUGCCUUCAACGCCUAGCAAACGUUUUACUUACAGUAGGCAGGCAACAAAUAUUUCUUGGGUAAACGAGAGGGAAAUACGUAUAAAUUUCAGCCCCGCCAGCAGAGCUGGUGACUUCAUUUCUAAUUUGUUACAACACAUGCCACUCAUAAAAGAACUGUAGGAAUCCUGUCAUUGGAUAUCUACUGGGGCCUUUAUGCAAAGGCCAGAAGGCUCCUAGAGGCAAUGUGACCCACCUAAGACCCACCCUCGGCCCCACCCCCCUGGGUAAAGCUGGGAUAAAGCCACCAGUUCCUUAGGGCUCAUUGUCACCUUUGGAGGGUUAUCUCAGUACAGAUCUUUCUUUGUAACUUUGGGGACUUGUUACAAGGCAGGCUCUCCAUACAGGGAGUUCAGGCCGGAUUUCAGGCUCUCUGCUCUAGGUGUGGCCUCUGGUUAACCUCUGAAUCCUCCAAGCCAAGCACAUAAACGAAUGGUUGUUAGUAUUUCAGAGAAGAUCAGAUUCCUUUGAGACUCUAAUGAAAGUUUUGGAUCACUUGUUUUUAUUGAUUUUUUAAAAAAGAUUUUAUUUAUUUUUAGUGAGAUAGUCAAAGGAGGGAGAAAGAGAAACAUCAGUGUAUGAGAGAUGCAUUGACUAGUUGCCUCUUGCAUGCCCUGAACUGGGGACCUGGUGCGAAACCCAGGCAUGUGUCCUGACCAGGAAUUGAACCCAUAACCUUUUGGGUCACAGGCUGGUGAUCAAUCCACUGAGCCACACCAGCCAGGGUUUAUUUUUGAGAGUCCUUUAUAUAUUUUGGACAUAAUUCCUUUAUUACAUAUAUUAUUUGCAAAUAUUUUCCCCAGUCUUUGGCUUGUCUUUUCAUUCUCUCUCUCUCUCUCUCUCUCUUUUUUAAAGGUUUUGUUUAUUUAUUUUUAGAGAGUGUGGAAGGGAAAGAGAAAGAGAAGAAGAGAAACAUUGAUCAGUUGUCUCUCACACGUCCCCAACCCAGGACCUGGCCCACCACCCAGGCACGUCCCCAGACUGGGAAUUAAACCAGUGACCCUUCAAUUCGUGGGACAGUGCUCAACCCACUGAGCCACAACCAUCAGGGCUUGUCUUUUCAUUCUCUUAGUAGUGUCUUUGAAAGGACCAAAGUUUUAAAUUUUGAUUAAGCCCAGUUUUCUGAUGGGAUUUUU